GCGGCGUGGCGGAACCGGUUCGGUUCGGCGGGGUUCAUGCGGGCGGCGCUGCGGGUUGUGGGGGCUCUGCUCGGUACCGCGCGGCGGAACGCGGCCUGCAGAGCCAUGGCCGGGCACAGCUCCGCCUCCACCGCCGGGAUCAUCAUCAUCGGGGAUGAGAUCCUCAAGGGCCACACUCAGGACACGAACUCCUUCUUCAUGUGCCGGCGGCUGCGUGCGCUGGGUGUGCGCGUGGCCCGUGUCUCCGUGGUGCCCGACGAGGUGGACGCCAUCGCUGCUGAAGUGGCCGCCUUCGCCUCCCGCUUCACCUUCGUGCUGACCUCGGGGGGCAUCGGCCCCACGCACGACGACGUCACCUUCGAGGCCGUGGCCAAAGCUUUUGGGGAGAAGGUGGCCCCGCACCCGGAGCUGGUGGCCCUGGUGCAUAAAUUCUUCGGCAAGACGGACAUGCAGUGCCCUGAGAUGAAGCUGGCUCGCAUCCCUGAGUCCUCACGCCUCAACUAUGGCACGGACCGACUGACAGGCAGUGCCUUCAAGUAUCCUCUGGUUAGUGUCCGUAACGUCUACAUCUUCCCGGGCAUCCCAGCACUGAUGGAACGUGCCCUGGAUGGUCUCAGCCAUCUUUUCCGCAGUGAGCAGACCUGCUUCCACUCCCGUGCCAUCUACGUGGCAGCUGAUGAGGUGCAGAUUGCUCCCGUGCUGGAUCAGGCCAACGCCAGCUUUCAGGGCCGUGUGAGUUUGGGUUCCUACCCGGACUGGGCCAACAAUUAUUACCGUGUGAAGCUGACGCUGGACUCCGAGUCGGAGCAGCACCUGGAGGAGGCACACGGCUUCCUGAUGGAGAAGCUGCCGCCUGGCGUGGUGGUGCCGUUGGUGACUGACUGCGUCUCGAGGGCUUCCACUGAGGUCUAUGCCUUGGCUGAGUCAGGCUCGGCUCUGGGACAGAAGGUGGCAGCAGCACUGAGGACUAUCGAGGAGGCUUUGGAGCGGUACAGCCUAGCGCAGCUCUGCGUGGGUUUCAACGGGGGCAAGGACUGCACAGCCCUGCUGCACCUGGUCCACGCUGCCGUGGAGAGGCGGUACCCGGAGAGGCAGGAGAAGCUGAAGGUGCUCUACAUCCGCAUCGUGUCUCCCUUCCCUGAAAUGGAGCAGUUCAUCCAGGCCACCGUGCGGAGGUACAAGAUCCAGCUGUGCACGGUGGAGGGCUCCAUCCGGGACGCCCUGCUCACCCUGAAGGAGCAGCAGCCGCAGCUGGAGGCCGUCCUGAUGGGCACGCGGCGCACCGACCCCUACUCGUGCACCCUGACCCCCAUGUGCAUGACGGACCCCGACUGGCCCCAGUACAUGAGGGUGAACCCACUGCUGGACUGGACAUACAGGGACAUCUGGGAGUUCCUGCGCAAGCUCUUUGUCCCCUACUGCAUCCUCUACGACAAGGGCUACACCUCCCUGGGGACCAUGGCCAACACAAUGAAGAACCCAGCGCUGCUCUACACCGACGCCAGCGGCCGAGAGAGCUACAGACCCGCCUACGAGCUGGAAAACGAGGAGGACGAGCGCACGUCGCGCCGGUGAGAGCCGCGCUGAGACCGAUGGCGUCCACAGGUGUCAUCCCCGCUGCUGGGGACGGCGCUAAAUAAAGCCGCUGCGCUCAGCGUCUCGCCCGAGCUUGGCUGCGCCGCUCCGUUGGUGCUGUGCGGGGCUCCGGCAGGAGGAACGAGAGCGGCCGCGUCCGAACAAAAGCGACCCCAGGCGGUGCCUCCCCCCCCCCCCCCUUUCCCCACGUGCGCGUCAUUGUGGCGGCUUUUGAAGCGCAGAGAAUGGAGCAAUUUCCAGCGCUCGCCCGGGGCUCCGCGUGGCCGCGCCGAUCCCUCCCCGCUCAGAUCCCGUUGCCAUGCGUCUCCUACGAACCGCGACAGCCCGGCCACCGGGCACCGUGAAGCGGAUGGCGCAGGCCGUGGCGCUGCCGGCACCCGGCGACGCGUCCCUGGGGCUGCGGCUCGGCCGCUGGGUGCUGCGGGUGCUGCGGGAGUGCGUUUACCUCCUGCUGUGCAGCUGGUGCAUCCGGGAGCUGCUGGAGUAGGGCACGGCUCCUUCCCCACGGUGGGACUGCCGGGAUGCUGGAUUCUGUUGCCCCUCCGUGGCUCUGCGCUGCCCGGUUUGGACCCGAUGGACCCCCAACACCAGGACCCGGCCCACCCUGAGCCCCCCCGGCACCACGACCCCAAUAAACCUGAGCAGUGUGUGA